AUGUGGUUGUUAUGGGUGCCGAUCUUUUUAAUUUUUAUGAGAAUCUAUAACAAAAUAACAAACGGGAAAUGUUACUCCGAUAAUGUGAUGAGCGGCAAGGUGGCUAUUAUCACAGGAGGAAACAGCGGAAUUGGAUAUGAAACUGCUUUGGAAUUAGCUAGGAGAGGAGCUAAAGUGAUACUAGGUUGUCGUGAUGACACACGCGGACAAAAAGCUGUCGAUUCAAUCAUCAAGAAAACGAAGAACGAAAGCGUAAGCUACAUCCAUUUAGACUUGAGUUCAUUUGCAUCCAUUAGAAAAUUCGUUAACGACUUUAAAAGUUUGGAAAUUAAAUUGGAUAUUUUGAUAAAUAAUGCUGGGGCUAGCGGCGUCCACAGAGAGAAGACUGAAGAUGGCAUAGUUAGAGACAUGCAAGUGAAUCAUUUUGGACCAUUUCUACUGACUGUGUUGCUAACGCCUAUAUUGGUAAAAACAGCACCUAGUAGGGUGAUCAUUGUAUCAUCUACUUAUCAUAGAUUUGGAACAAUUAAUGAUUUGAACACUCCACAUUCGUAUAUAAGAACUUAUUGUGACAGCAAACUGUGUAAUGUGCUAUUUAGUAAUGAACUAGCGCGAAGAUUGGAUGGUACCGGGGUGGUCGUGAACUGCUUGCACCCCGGACACGUCAAUACAAGUUUCUAUAGAGCCACUACCAUGGAAAAGCUAAGAACUUUGAUAUUAUAUAGCUUUUUCAAAAAUCCAGUAGAAGGUGCCCAGACAAGUUUAUAUUUGGCAGUGUCAGAUGAAUGCGAUCAAGAGACAGGGAAAUAUUUUGUAGACUGCAAAGAAGGUUUAAUGGGUCUGAAGGCCAGAAAUGAAGAAUUAGCGGCAAGUAUGUGGGAAUUAUCUGAAAAGAUGGUUGGUCUGAAGAGAGAGGAAACUAUUCCUUAA